UGAAAAUUAUCAGCAUCAGCUCAACCACUUCACAAUGAAGUUCUCGCUGGCCUUCCUGCUGGUGAUCAGCUUGACAAGCACAAUAAACAGCAUCCCUCUGUACGAGAGUAGAUCACUUACCGAUGACGUAGAUGAUUUUCUAUCGCUUCUGCCCCUCGAGAAGAUUAUACCUGUCAUUCAAGAGUACCUGCAGAAUGACAAAGAGGUGCAAAAAGUAUUAGAGUACAUUAAAACCGAAGACUUCAAGAAUUUGGUACUGCAAGUUGAGAGCAUCCCAGAUGUUGUUGCAUUCAUCAAAUACCUGAAAGGAUUCGGGCUCGAUGUAACUGAUUUGAUCAACAAAGUGAAUGAGGUGAUUGGACUACCAGCCAUGAUACCCACAAGACGCAUUGCCAUCUCGGGGGGUAUGGCUGGCUUAGUUAAAGACAUCAAGAACCUCCUGCCACUUCAGGAAAUCAAAGCCAUGUACUACAAUAAAUUGAAGAACUCAGAGGCGUUCAGAAAUGUCAUUGAGACUCUUAAAUCUCCACGAUUCCAAAAGUUCGUAGAUACACUGGCUGUCAACAAAGAAGUGCAGCACAUCGUCAAAACUCUGAAAGAGCACAACGUCGAUGUUCACGUGAUUUUGGAUCUCGUCACCAAAAUCCUGGGAAUCAAGUUUCCAGUGCAUGAAGUGGCCAGAAGUGCACGAUCCCUCCAUGAUGACUUCGAAGACUUUGCAGCCCUCGUACCACUUGAUAAAGUCAUUCCAAUUGUUACUGAGUACGUGCAAAACGACAAGGAAGUUCAGCAUGUGAUUAAAUACGUGCAAUCUCAGGAUUUCAAGACCCUGGUGACUGAAGUCGAAAGCAUUGAAGACGUUCUCGCCUUCUACAAUUACCUUCAACAGUCUGGUUUGGAUGUUUAUAAAGUAGUCAACAAGCUUCACGAAUUCAUGGGUCUUCCCCCAUUAGUUCCUCGCAUGGCUCUAGGAAGAAUCACCGGGGGUGUUGCUGGUCUUAUAGCAGAUGUCAAAGCCGUACUUCCUGUUGAGAAAUUCAAGGCUCUGUACAAAGAAAAAAUGACAUCAUCACCGGAUUUCAAGAGCAUGGUCGAACGUCUGAGGUCUCCAAAAUUCCAAGUAAUCAUUAACAGGCUUUUCACAAACGAAACAUUCCUUCGCAUACUCAAACAAGCCAAAGAACACGGAAUUCACGUGGAUAUCAUCGCGGAUGUACUUGUCAAGUUGCUUGGAAUUAAAUUCCCUGGACAUGAACUGCGUCGUGAGGUUCUUGGUCUUGAGGAAGACCUUGCAGACUUUCUGGCCCUCAUCCCCCAAAAUGAAGUUAUGCAUAUUGUGAUGGAAUACCUGGAGCAUGAUAAGGACGUCCAGAAAGCUGUCGAAUACAUGCAGAGUGCCGAGUUCAGACAACUGGUCAAGGUUGUUGAAGAGAUGGAUGACGUUAAAAAUUUCUACAAGUACAUCCAGGAGUCGGGUUUAGACAUCUACGGAGCUGUCAACAAACUGCAUGAUUUCAUUGGUCUACCUCCUCUAGUCCACCCCAGAGUUGCACGGACAAUCACUGGUGGACUCAACGGUCUGAUUCAUGAUAUCAAAGCUGUUCUUCCCAUUGAAGAAAUCAAGGCUUUGUACUACGAGAAAAUGGGAACAUCACCAGCAUUCAAGCAACUCGUCCAACGUCUGAACUCUCCCAAAUUCCAAGCUGUUGUUGACAAGCUUUUCGCCAAUACAGAGUUUCAGGAGAUCUUAAAAGCCGCUAAAGAAGCUGGAAUCGAUCUGGAGAAGAUCGCCGAUCUUUUAACCACCAUAUUCGGACUAAAAUUCCCCCCACCAAAUAGCAGAAGCAUCGCCCGCAGUCUUUACGUUGACAUCCAUGACUUCCUGAACCUUCUGCCUAAAGAAAAAAUCGCUGAAAUUUUCUACGAAUAUUUGGGGAAAGAUAAAGAGGUGCAAGCUGCUGUGGAAUAUCUUCACACCCAAGAAUUCAGGAAACUAGUCAGUGAUGUUGAGGAAAUGGAUGAUGUAUUGGCUUUCCUUCACUAUUUAGAUGAAUCUGGCUUGGAAAUCUACGACUUGAUCAACGAAUUACAUAAAAUUAUAGGCCUCCCAAACAUCAAACCAGAUCUCAGAUCUGCAAGAAUCUCCGGCGGAGUCUCCGGUCUCCUUAAGGACAUCAUAGCUGUCCUACCAGUCGAUCAAAUCAAAGCCCUUUACAAGGAAAAAAUGGCCAAGUCUCCGUUGUUCAAGAAUCUUGUUGAACGUCUUCGCUCACCAAAGUUCCAAGCUGUGGUAGAUACCCUCAUGGCUAACCAGGAGUUCCAGAACAUUAUCAAGAAGGCCAAAGCCGCUGGAAUCGAUGUCAAGGCUAUCGCAGAUUUGCUCUCCAGAGUCCUGGGUCUUCAUUUUCCAGAAUCUCGUCACCGCCGUAACGUCCAAUCAGACCUAGAAGACUUUCUCAUGCUCCUACCCAUCGAAGAAAUCUCCAAGAUUGGUGUCAAGUAUUUGAUGUACGACGCUGAAGUCCAGGAAGCUGCUCAAUACAUUAGAACCGAUGAAUUCAAGCUACUGCUGAUGGAGCUCCAGAAGGAACAGGAAGUCAGUGAUUUCCUGAAGUAUCUGAAUAUGUCGGGCUUGAACGUCUACAAUAUCAUCGAUUUCCUCAAUGACUUCCUCGGGGUCCCCCACUACCCAAGACCGGUCCUCAAUUCCAAAGUUAUCAAGACCUCAGGUGUCCAGGGGAUGCUCAACGAAAUCCGGGCCAUUCUCCCAUAUGACAAGAUCCACUCGCUUUACGUCGAGAAGCUGAAGACAUCAGAGGAAUUCCGGACCUUCAUUCAACAUUUUAAAGCUCCUGAAAUGCAGGCAAUCGUUGACAGACUCGUUGCCAACAAGAAAUUCAUUGAAUUAGGGUUCCAAGCCCACGCCCAUGGUAUCAACAUAGAGCAUAUUGUCGUCUUCCUGCAAGAGUUGUUGGGCCUCAAAUUCCCGGAAGUCCCAUUCCCCCCAAAACCCGCCAGCCUUUCACGUGCUGCCAGUGAACUUCGCGAUGACUUGGCCGAAUUCGUUGAUCUCCUCCCCGUUGACGAGCUCGUCAAGGUUGUGCUCGAAUACAUGGUACAUGACCAAGAGACACAGGAGACACUUCAGUACAUCCGAUCGGAGGAGUUCAAAAAUAUUGUCAGGGCACUUGACAGAAUCCCUGAAUACAACGCAAUUCUAAAAUCCCUGGAUGCCGCAGGUCUGGAUAUUUACGAACUCAUUGAAAUCAUUCAUAAGUUCAUUGGCUUGGAUGACAAACAUCCCUCGCUGUGGAGUGGUGUGUCUGGGAAGCCUGGUAUCUCUGGGCUCAUCGGAAAACUCAAGGAGCUCCUUCCUUACCCCCAAAUCAAGCAGCUCUACUACUUCAAAAUCGAGAACUCCAAGGCUUUUGCUGAUUUCGUUCAGCUCAUAAAAUCUGAUAACUUCCAGACUGUGACAAAUACUCUUUUUGCCAAUGAGAACUUCCAGAAACUUCUGCGUGAGGCAAAAGCUCAUGGAGUAGAUCUCCAGGUGAUCUCUGACUUCUUCGCUCGAGUUUUUGGAAUUAAAACUCCACCGGGAGUCAUUGGUCUGUGAAUUUGAGACUAAAUUUCUCUUCGUUGGAAACUUAAUGUUGUGAAGGUUUUUUAUUUUGUACUGUUAAUGUGUUAACUAGAAAAAAUAAAUCAAUGCAUAGCUCAGUA